AUGAACGACAGCGACAAUGCCACUCUGCUCUUCAUCCCGUCCUCUCUGCAGCCGGACAACUACACCCUGUCGCCCAAUACCAGCAGCCUGAGCCCCGGCCCGGACUUCUCCGUCGCUCCCACCUCCAGCGCGGGCCCCAGCGCCGGCCCCAGCCCCGGGUUCAGCCUCGGGCCAGGUCCCAGCGUCAGUUUCAGCCCCGGCUCCCCUCCGACUCCGGAGCCCACCACCAGCGGCUUCGCGGGCGGCGCGGUCAGCCUGGGCGCCUCCCCGUUUUCUCGGCCCUGGGUGCCCCACGAGCCCCCAUUCUGGGACACGCCGCUGAACCACGGGCUGAACGUGUUCGUGGGCGCAGCCCUGUGCAUCACCAUGCUGGGCCUGGGCUGCACCGUGGACGUGAACCACUUCGGGGCGCACGUCCGGCGGCCCGUGGGCGCGCUGCUGGCCGCGCUCUGCCAGUUCGGGUUCCUACCACUGCUGGCCUUCCUGCUGGCCCUCGUCUUCUCGCUGGACGAGGUGGCCGCCGUGGCGGUGCUCCUGUGUGGCUGCUGUCCAGGCGGCAAUCUCUCCAACCUUAUGUCUCUGCUGGUGGACGGCGACAUGAACCUCAGCAUCAUCAUGACCAUCUCCUCCACGCUCCUGGCCCUCGUCUUGAUGCCCCUGUGUCUGUGGAUCUACAGCCGAGCUUGGAUCAACACCCCUCUGGUGCAGCUGCUACCCCUUGGGGCAGUCACCCUGACUCUCUGUAGCACUCUCAUCCCAAUUGGGUUGGGCGUCUUCAUUCGCUACAAAUACAACCGGGUGGCUGACUAUAUCGUGAAGGUUUCCCUGUGGUCUCUGCUAGUGACGCUGGUGGUCCUGUUCAUAUUGACCGGCACUAUGUUAGGACCUGAACUGCUGGCAAGUAUUCCUGCAACUGUUUACAUGGUAGCGAUUUUUAUGCCUUUAGCCGGCUACGCUUCAGGCUACGGCUUAGCUACUCUCUUCCAUCUCCCGCCCAACUGCAAGAGGACUGUAUGCCUGGAGACAGGUAGCCAGAAUGUGCAGCUGUGCACUGCCAUUCUCAAACUGGCCUUUCCACCGCGAUUCAUAGGGAGUAUGUACAUGUUUCCCUUGCUCUAUGCCCUUUUCCAGUCUGCAGAAGCGGGGAUUUUUGUUUUAUUGUAUAAAAUGUACGGAAGUGAAAUAUUGCACAAGCGAGAUCCUCUAGAUGAAGAUGAGGACACAGAUAUUUCUUAUAAGAAACUCAAAGAAGAGGAAAUGGCGGACACGUCCUAUGGCACAGUGAAAGCAGAUGACUUAAUUAUGAUGGAAACCACUCAGACUUCUCUCUAAACAUGGAGAUACACGGAGCUUCUAUCUUGCUGAAGUAUUACUUCCUAUUUAUAGUCUGUGCUAGUGUAUAUGGUUUACAUAAAGGAUAACAAUUGGUUCACAUUAUCAUACUUGUAACAGUUUUGAUCUCAUUGUAAGGUUGCCUUGGUAUAUUAACCAAGUGUUUUCACAAAUUACAAAUCAAUGUCGUAUUAUAACUUGCACCUGGGACUGCU